CGUUUCCUAGUACGCAUGCGCACUGUCCCUACGCGGCCGCUCCCUGCUCGUCCUCCUUCCGCGGGGCGUGGCCUCGGCCUGUCAUGGCGGCGGCGGCCUUUCCGGGCCAGAAGCGGCCUUGGCGAAGCGGCGGCGGGGCCCUGUAGCCGGAGAAGGCGGGGCUGGCCCAUGGAGGGCCUGGCGGAGCCCCCCCCUCCCGGGAAGAAGGAGGAGGGGGAGGGGGCCUCUCCUGAGGGGAAGAAGGCGGGCGUCUCUGCAGGAGGAGAAAGGCCCCAGGGCGGAGAGAGGGAGAGGGCGGGCGAGGAGGAAGAGGAGGAAGAGGAAGACUCGGUGGGAUCCUUCUCCCACUUGCCCUCCUCCUCCUCCUCGUCUUCGUCGUCCUCCUCCUCCGCCGCGGGGCCCGCCUCGGAAGCCGGCCAGGCCGAGGAGGGGGACUCCCGGGUUGACCUGGCCGCAGCCGCCGCAGCCUCCCCGCCCGCCGCCAAGGAGCGGGCCUUCCCGGCGGGGCAAGGCGUGUACCACCUGAAGUGGGUCCGGUGGAAGGAGGAGCAGACGCCCCUCGUCACCCAGAACGAGAACGGGCCCUGCCCUCUCCUCGCCAUCAUGAACGUCCUCCUCCUCGCCUGGAAGGUGAAACUGCCACCGAUGAUGGAAAUCAUAACAGCUGAGCAGUUGAUGGAAUACUUAGGAGACUAUAUCCUUGAUUCAAAACCAAAAGAAAUCUCAGAAAUUCAGCGCCUAAACUAUGAGCAGAACAUGAGCGACGCGAUGGCAAUCUUGCACAAGCUGCAGACGGGGCUGGACGUUAACGUCAGGUUCACGGGCGUCCGGGUCUUUGAAUACACGCCCGAGUGCAUCGUGUUCGACCUUCUCGACAUCCCCUUGUACCACGGGUGGCUGGUGGACCCCCAGAUUGCUGACAUUGUGAAAGCCGUUGGCAAUUGCAGCUACAAUCAGCUCGUGGAGAAAAUAAUUUGCUGUAAACAGUCAGACAGUAGUGAACUGGUUGACGAAGGUACCGUUGCGGAGCAGUUCCUCAACAACACGGCCACUCAGUUGACCUACCAUGGCCUCUGUGAGCUGACAUCCACUGUCCAAGAAGGGGAGCUGUGUGUCUUCUUCAGAAACAACCACUUCAGCACCAUGACCAAACACAAGGGCCAGCUUUACCUUCUGGUGACAGACCAGGGUUUCCUUACCGAAGAUAAAGUGGUCUGGGAAAGUUUGCACAACGUGGAUGGGGAUGGAAACUUCUGUGACUCUGAGUUCCACCUUCGGCCACCAUCCGACCCGGAAACGGUCUACCGAGGGCAGCAAGACCAGAUAGAUCAGGACUACCUGAUGGCCUUGUCCUUGCAACAAGAGCAGCAGAGCCAGGACCUCAACUGGGAGCAGCUGCCUGAAGGCAUCAGCGACCUGGAGCUUGCCAAGAAACUGCAGGAGGAAGAGGACCGGCGGGCCUCCCAGUACUAUCAGGAGCAAGAGCAAGCCGCCGCCGCAGCCGCCGCCACGGCCGCUCAGGUCCAGCCACCUGCGCCCAGAGCGGCCUCCCCUUCCACAGGAAGACCGUCGGGGGGCAGCGAGCGGAAGCGGAAGGAACCGAAGGAGAAGGAGAAGGAGUCCCGGGAGAAAGAGAAGAGCAGCUGUGCCAUUCUAUAGCAGCGGUGGGGGCGGGAGCAGGCCCUGCCUGGACUCAAGCACACCUUGGCCCCGCCUGGGCCCCACGCCACCUGUGCCUCUCAGCCCCACAGAGACCGCCGGAGGGGGGGGGUCCAACGCUAGCCCAGAAAGAAGGGAAGAACACUAGAGGAACCCAAGGCAUUAUCACUGGCUGGCCCCGUUGCGCUGUGCUCCAGCUGGUGCCUCGGUUGCCGUCAGAGAAGCCCCUGCAUCAUGGAGGCAAACUUUGGGGUCUCUGGCCACCCCACCACACACACACACACACACACACACACGCUGGUUCGUCCUGAUGGACACUCCUGGGUUAGAAUAUUGGUCGGCAUGACUGAGCACCAGGUGUGGUGAAAGGGAAACCCUCAGCAAGGGGAUCGGCGGUGACUGAAUUGUGGCGCCCCACAAAGAGAGCCGAGCCCAGCACUGUGCUGUUAUUUAUUGGACCGCUCUCUAUGGGGCUGGAAGGGGAAGCAGAUGUGGAAUUAGACGCAACGGGUGCCUGCCUCGAGAAACGCGAGGCGAGUCCGGGUGAUGUGUUUGCUUGUAUGCCUUAUCAUGUGUACUGUAGGCAGAUGCCGUGUCCCUCGCCAAGGCAGCUUUAAAGCACACCUGGGGUGGAGUGCGGAGGCUGCCCCCUCCCCGGGAGCAUUGGGGGCCCUCCCGAUGUUUCUGGCUAGAGCCCUACUCGGAGGGGAACAGGAGGGUUCUGUGGUCCGGCCAAGCCCAAAGGAGUGCCCGCUCAGAGGUGGGUCUCACUGGUAUAUUGGAACUUUAGGAGCGGUGGUGGGAUCUUACUCUCCUCCUUUGUGGGACAGACACACACCUGUAAAGACUUGCGGUAGUAUUUUGGGGAAUCCAGUUUUUAUAGCCCAACAUGCUCCAUCUCCCAUUUAUAGGCUCCUGACGAGGGAGCUUUUGUUGGAUUUUAUUGUUACUGGGAUCGGGGCCCGUGAGAGCCUCCCGCUCUUCCUCCCCAGAGGGAUCGGGACCUCCCUCCACCCUUUUGAUAACUUUCUAUAUCAGUUUGUAGAUGCUUCCGACAGACAAAAUGUGCUGUAUUUCCUAAUGCCUGGGCUCCUGUGCAUUACAGCCGGGCCUUGGCUCGCGUCAGUGUGACAAUCUUACGACCGCGGUGGGAGAGGGUAGCCUAGCUGAACAGUUCAGUAAUCCAUUCCUAACUCUUUCCGUUUCCUAAAACUUCUAUGUCGGAGGAGCCAAAACGUUGGGAGCGGAGGCUUCUGUGCUUGUCCCUUCCCCGAGACUGAACGAUUUGCCUUAGCCCCCCAAAGGCCAACCGUAUUGCUCUUUGCGCUCAGAACCAUGGUGGCUUCAUUCUGAACCCGAUUCACCUUGGAUCAUGUUUGUCUGGAGUCUCUCUCGCCCUUCUCCAAAGCCUCUCUUUUCCCCUCGCAGACUUCAGACGCUAGUGCUGCCACCUCUUCGUAUAAUUACACAGAAUCUGCCACUGAAUCUUUCACCCAGGUGCUUCUUUCUUUUGCAAAAGGAAAACAACAAUCACUGAGGUCUCUGUUUACAUUAAGCGCAAGUUUGUACCA